UCAACAAGGCAGCAUGGUGGAUGGUCCAGAAACACACAACAUAUUAUUAUUUUUUUCGAUAAAAUAAAUGUUAGAUUUGUCUAACUACUUUUCAUUGGAAAUGCAAAUAAAGCGUUUUCAUCAAAAGCAAUCCAUUUUGCAUAGGAAACCACAGCAUCCUAGUAAUUACUACACGUGCUUAAUUACGUCACUUUAGGUUUGAGACGACUUUGCUGUGGCUUUGAAGCGGGCACCUGGCUCACGACCGGGAGGCAGCCAUUCCAAAUCGAAUGCAAUCAACCUUCAACCGAUAGAAAAAAACGCCUAAACGGGCGCCUGGUGUGAUUAAUCGAACCUCAUCACUGGGAACUAAUGCCGCCUUCAAAACAACAGGAAACUCGAAAAUAUCUGACUUUAGUAGCCUAAGACAACGGGGAACUCUGAAAAAACUAGCUCCGCCUGGGAAAGUCGUUUUGAACGGUCAACUCAGAAUUCAAAGUCGGUAACUUGGCCAUCUUUCUUUUGCUCUGACUUUUCGACCUGAAGAUCACUGACGUCAUGAUUUGACCUAGUUUUUGUCUGUGUUCCCAGUUGUCUUGAAAGAACCAUUAGAGCUUAAAUUUUGAAUGGCAUACUUAUUUACAUUUUAUGUGGACUGGGGAUGAGGAAAAUGCGUUAUCUGAAAGGGAAAGUGUCAAUAACAUAUUCGCAUGUGGAUAUUUGUAAUAAACUACAUGACCAAAAGUGUGUGGACACCUGCUCGUGGAACAUCUCAUUCCAAAAUCAUGGGCAUUAAUAUGGAAUUGGUCCCCCCUUUGCUGCCAUAACAGCAUCAACUCUUCUGGGAAGGCAUUCCAGUAGAUGUUGGAACAACGCUGCAGGGCCUUGCUUCCAUUCAGCCACAAGAGCUGGGCUCUGCUUGCCAGAGUCAAGUUCUUCCACACCGAUCUUGGGGGGCAUUGUCAUGCUGAAACAGGAAAGGGUCUUCCCCAAACUGUUGCCACAAGUUGGAAGCACAGAAUCGUCUGGACUUUAAUAUAAUUGUAUGCUGUAACAUUAAGAUUUCCCUUCACUGGAACUAAGGGGCCUGGACCCGAAACAAGAAAAACAGCCCCAGACUUCCUGUUUCCAUCACAGCUGUCGUGAUUUUUUGUAUAUGGUAUGCUUAAUCGAAUAAAAACUGUGGAUGAAACGUGGUUAGUGACACUUCUCUGAGAGGCUUUUAUUUCGAAACUUAAAAAAUCCGUGACCCGGAAGGACUUUUUUUGUGUGUUGCUGACGAGUCGCUGGUCCAUGUGUUGUGGUAGCUGACAUCAAGCUAACGUUAGAAACCUAUGUUUAGAUAAAAAUGAGUUCUCAAAAGGGCAACGCAUCGCGGUCGCGAGGACAAAAGCACCAAAACACGACUGCUUACAAGAACGACAAAUAUGGAGCAAGUGUUCAAGUAAAGAUAGCAAACUCGAAGGUCCACGACGGGUUAUGUCAACGCUGCAAGGAAGUUAUUGAGUGGAAAGUCAAAUACAACAAAUACAAAUCCCUUUCCCAACCUCGAACAUGUGUGAAAUGUUCUCAGAAGACGGUGAAGGAUGCAUAUCACGUCAUUUGUAAAACCUGUGCCCUGAAGCUGGAGCUUUGUUCCAAGUGUGGGAAGAAAGAGGACAUCGUAAUUCCGGUUAACACACAGAAGCAGGGAGAGGAAGAGGAGGAAUACACCAAUCAAAAGAUGACCGGAUGUUCUCGGAGGAAGGAGGACUUCAAUGAGCUUGAUGAUGACUUUGGUGACUUGGGCAGUGAUGAUGAUGACUUUGCCAGGGACUCGGGUCCUGAGAAGGCAGGAAGCGGCAAGGCCCUUGUCCCUAAUGUGGCACAUGUUACUUUCAAAGACUAAAGACUGCUAAACCAGGAUGAUCCUAAAUGUACCUCCUAUCCAUUUUAUUAAUAUACUUAUCCUCUGAUUAUACAUACUUUUGCUAAGACUCCUCCUCACUAGAUUUAUUCACUCUAAAAUACAAUAGCCAACUUGUGUUGGGACGUUAAAUGGCCAAACCCCACUUUCAAUGAACUGUUUUGUAGUAAAUCCUAUGAGAGAGCAAUUUUUGUCAUGCUUUGAUAGGUUUAAGGAAGCAUUAUCUUGUUUUGUUUGUGAAGGAAUAUUCACAAGCACUACUGGAUUGAAGUCAUUAUUGUGCCCCAGCAGCUGUUUUUGAACUUUUCCAGAUACAGAAAUAUACACGUAUGUACACAUAUGCCAAAAUAUACAUUUUGAGAAAAUAGUGAUUAUUUUUUAUUUAUUCUGACAAUGUAUUUUGAGUAAUAUGCAUUAUUUCAGCCGAAUGCUUUCCUCUGUAGGCCAUAGUGGAACAUCUUCUCUCAGAUUUCUCCCUUUUUAGAGCUACAAGUAGACCAUAGUGUUACGGUUUUCUAGGUGUGAAGGAUAGUCGGACCAAAAUGCAGCGUGUAGAUUGCGAUCCAUGUUUAAUGAACAACGUGAAAACACGAAUAAACACAAAACACUACAAAACAAAGAACGUGAUGAAAACCGAAACAGCCUAUACUUGUGUAAACUAACAUAGAGGACACUAAGGACAAUCACCCACAACAAACUCAAAGAAUAUGGCUGCCUAAAUAUGGUUCCCAAUCAGAGACAACGAUAAACACCUGCCUCUGAUUGAGAACCACUCCAGACAGCCAUAGACUUUGCUAGAUAACCCCACUAGCUACAAUCCCAAUACAUACACACCAAAACCCCAAGACAAAACACACCACAAUACAAAAACCCCAUGCCACACCCUGGCCUGACCCAAUACAUGAGGAAAAACACAAAAUACUUAGACCAGGGCGUGACACAUAGUCUUUAUGGUGAGUCGCACUAACUCAUUACCACACUAUUAACAUAAUUAAUUGAUGAUCUCAGUGGGUUUUAUUUAGUGCCUUUGGUAAUGACCACAUGCCAGUUUUGUUCUGCUUAUUCAAACACAUGAUCUAAAGUCCAAUGACCUUAGUGCUCCUCCUGACUUAAAGGAAUAGUUUACCCAAAUAACAAAACAAAAUGUGUUUCCUUACUUUGAAGGCGUAGUCUGUCCUCAUGCAUAGAUUGCUUAAAGAUACUACAAUGAUUAGUCUGUAGAUGCUGCCUCAAAUGUCCAGAGUGUACGCUUUGCUACUUUCGAAAAAUGUCUUAAUUAUUUAGAUGCAGAUAUCAAAAGUAUGCCAAACGUAUAGGGCUCCCGAGUGGAGCAGCGGUCUAAGGCUCUGAAUCUGUGCUAGAGGCAUCACUACAGACCCUGGUUCGAUUCCAGGCUGUGUCAAACCCGGCCGUGAUUGGGAGUCCCAUAAGGUGGCGCACAAUUGGCCCAGCAUCGUCCGGGUUAGGCCGUCAUUGUAAAUAAGAAUUUGCUCUUAACUGACUUGCCAAGUUAAAUUGAAUAAAAAAUAUACCUUUUCUAUUAAUUGAAUUUCAAGAAGAUCCUAAACAUAAUAAACUUUGGGCCAAACUCGCAUGGAAUGCCCCCCGAGAUUAAGACAAGUGUAUCAAUCAUAUUUCCUUUCUGCGUGAGGUGAUCUGUGUCUUUCUAUCAACUGGAACGUCUGUGGUUUAGGGCUGAAGCUGGGCCUGUUUGAAAUUGUCUGGAUUACGACAUAGAAGUUGCUUAAUACAAUUGUCUUCUGGUUUAUUUCAUUUGAAGAUGUUAGCUAAUUUACUUGGCCUAUUGGGACAUUAUAUAAAGCACUAUUAAUCAUUCGUAUCCUAACAAUCUCUUUAAAAAAUAUAUAUAUAUAUAUAUUUUUUUUUACAAACACGAGUAAAACAAACGUUAGAUUUUAGGUUAUGAUGGGGUUAGUCAUAUGAACUUGUGAUAUCCUUCUGAAACUAAGUGGCUACCAUUGUGGUGUUUUUGAAAUUAAGGAGUAGGCCUUUAAUAAAAAUGUUUUACCAUUUUCAA